GGCCACCACACGCGCGAGAAGUACACGUUCGCGCGCUCCAGUUCCAGAGCCGCUCGUUCAGUUGCAGAUCGAGCGAGUGAUCGAUUGGAUCGCGCACGUUGUGUUGUCGAGCGUACAGAAACAGUGCUUUACUCUGCCGUAUGUGUGUGGCAGGGAGUGAUACUUGCAGUUGCAGUUCUUAGAAGUGGGAUUUAAGUUUGUUUUCCCCAGCACACACGACAAUGUUGCUGAUCGAUCGAUCCCAAGCGAUCGUGGGACUGCUGAUCUUGUGCUGUGGAUCGGCGGCCAUAGCGCAGGAGAUGAGCAUCAGCGAAGAGUUGGAAACGUGCAGCAUGCUGGAUCGGCCAGUGCUGGUGCGCGAGUUCGGUGCUGACGGGGCGGAUGAUUUUUUCGGUAAAAUCACGGUCCUGUACAAUGUGGCGCCGCCGAAACCGGUGCAAACGCCGCGCAUCUUUGCCGAUCGGGAUCCAAUCUUCUACAACAAGAUCGACUACCGGGAGCAGAUCAAGUACUACUACAACCUAUAUCAGGCGUUCCACAGCCAGCCGGAGUACCGGAACGACGUACGGUUUCUGCUCAGUGCUUCACUGCACCGUGUACCGUACGAGCUGGAGGAGUACGAUUUUGCAACCUUCCUCACCGCCGUCCAAACGCUGGCGGGCGAAUACAAUCUUACCACGUACCCGAACCGCCUGAACGAGAACCGGACGUUUGCGCUGUUUGGCCUGCGGGAGUUCCAGGUGUACGUGAUCGAUCGUUGCUCGCGGGUGUCGUACAUCAUACAGCCGCCCUGGAGCCUGAUACAGUACGCGUACGUAAAGGCGGCCGUACUGUCCACCUUUUACGAUCGUCCGUGUGGCAAAUGUGAGUUGGAGAACUUUCUCAACUCUACGCUGACGGAUGGUGAGAAGCUGUCGGACGUUAAAGCGGACCCUACGAAAGACGCCAAACCGUACGACGAUGCGUCGGACGAGUUUUCCAACCCCGCCGAGGAGGAGGAAGAUCACGACGGUGGUGUGCGAGCGUACAGCGAGGAGGAGGAUGAUGACGAUGAAAGUGAUACCGAUGGGAACGGUAGAACGGUGGAUGAGUACAAGGCCGAUAGCGAUCCGUUUGCCAAUCUAAGCCUCACCGAGCCGGAAGUUAAUAUGUCGCUGCGCAUCAUACUACCAGUGCUGCACAUUCACGUGCCGCCGGCAGUGAACGAUACCGGCAACACCACCACCGGCGGUGACUACAAGCUACACGAGUACAUUGUGCUGAACACGGCCCACGACAGUGAGGAUCAUUGGCAGCAUCCGACGAAGGAGGAAACAAACGUAGAAGAGCUGUCACUACCGCCGGCGGCGGUGAACUCAAGCACAUCCACUCCCGUUUCUUCGGAGCCAGAUGGUACAAAUGGGACUUCCGCGCGGGAGGAUAAAAUCCGUAUCGGAGGCACAGACUGGUCGACGCAGGAGUUGGGAAUGAUACUGAACGCCAGCUCGGUACUGUACGAUCGCAAGGAGCAGCGGCUGUUUGAACGUCUGCAGCGGUACAACCUAACCGGCCGGGGUGGCCAGUACGAUGAGGUGGCCGAGAUAUCCGUCUCCAACCGGUACGACGCGUGGAACCGGCGUCGAUUGCCCCCGAAAGUGGAUCCGACCCGCAACAAUCGACGAUCGCAGAUAAAGAAACACUACGCCCGUUUGAUUCCGUGGCUUAACUGGACGUUCGGGCGGGCAAUACCGCCUGCGGCCGGUAGACAGCCAAUUUCCGGGAGCUCGAACUAGACAGUUAAUGUUUGGGUAGACUUUAAAUAUAUCUGUAUAUAAGUACUCGUAGAGUAGGUAGGUUUAAUGCAGUUGAAAUAAACGUAUUUGAGUGGCAAUGGCGUUAAGAGAUACAUA